ACAUCCACAGGUUGUUGCGCAAUCCUCGUCGUCUCUUUUGCACGACAAGACGCACCAGAUGUGGAAAAGGCAACCAUCUUUUGCUUUGCUCCUGUAUAUUUGCGCAUGUCUUUCUUCGACAGUGAGCGCGCGUCUUAUUUGGAGAGCAUCAUGAGAGAAGAACCUCACCCCCGCUGCGCCAAGAGGAGGACAAAAAAAUAAUGGCACUUAGAAGUGCUUGCUGCUGCGGUCCAAUUAACGAAGAUAAUGCGAGAUUCUUGCUUCUGGCUUUGUUCAUUAUCUUCUAUCUGUUUUGUGGAGCAGCUGUCUUCUCCGCGCUGGAGCAGCCCAAAGAAAGGGAGGCCAAGGAGCGAUGGACGCAGAGGUUCGAGAUCUUCAGGCAGGCUUAUAAUUUGAGUAAGAAAGAGCUCAACAGUUUCCUCAGGAACUACGAGGAAGCCAAUGUGGCUGGGAUUCGAGUGGACAGCAUCAGACCCAGAUGGGACUUCACUGGGGCGUUCUACUUUGUGGGAACUGUGGUUUCCACCAUUGGUUUUGGAAUGACCACACCUGCCACAAUUGGAGGGAAGAUCUUUCUGAUGUUUUAUGGCCUUCUCGGCUGUGCAGCCACCAUCCUCUUCUUCAACCUCUUCCUCGAACGGGUCAUCACCGUUAUCGCCGUGGUCCUCAAGUCCUGCUAUGAGCACCGCCAUAACAAGGGGGAGGUUGGUCCUCAUAACGGUCAGGGGGUCCGUGCAAGGUCGAGUGGAAAAGGAGAGGAUCUCGCCGGCUGGAAGCCUUCAGUCUACUGUGUCAUGUUCAUCCUCGGAGCGGCGGCCAUUUUAGUCUCUUGUUGUGCCUCGCUCAUGUACUCUGCAGCUGAAGGCUGGGGGUACCUGGAUUCGCUCUACUUCUGCUUCGUGGCCUUCAGCACCAUCGGCUUUGGAGAUAUGGUGAGCGGUCAGCGGCUCAUCUACGAAGGCAACGCCACGGCAGCGUACCAACUGGGAAACUUCUUGUUCACCCUAACGGGGGUCUGCUGCAUCUACUCCCUCUUUAACGUCAUCUCCAUCGUCAUCAAGCAAGUCCUCAACUGGCUGCUGGGGCGACUCGAAGCCCCGUGUAGGUGGUGUUACUCCAGAAAAGGUCACCACCCUCUUCGUCACCCACGUCGGAACGUGGUGGCCCCGGGCCACUUGCGAGCACGCAGCGAACCUUCCAUAGAGACCGACGCCGUCAACGAGAGCGAGACUGACGCCGGACGUAGGAUGUCUGGAGAGAUGAUCUCUAUGAGAGACUUUCUCGCAGCAAACAAGGUGAACUUGGCUAUCAUGCAGAAGCAGCUUUCCGAGAUGGCAAUAGGACACACGCGCCAACCCGGUCCUACUUCACAUCACAACGGCUUCUCGGGAGGAGUGGGGGCUCUCGGCAUCAUGAACAACCGGCUCGCUGAGACAAGCAUGGACAGAUAGAGAGAAGUAAAGUGGAUCCAUCAGCGUGAGGAUGAGCGUGGAGAGGGAAAAUCAACAGACUUAUGCUUCCUUGGAGAUUUGAAUACUGUGUAUUUCUUGUUCAAAUGUGUAGACAAACAACAUGAAUGAUGCAUGAUAGUUUGCAGGAAUUUCACAUGUAGGUUCAGUUUCUUGGACUGUUCUUCCCCAGGGUAUUCAGUUUCCAUGGCGAUAUAGAAGCUUGCUUUACUCCCUUGUAUCCAAGCUUUAAAAGGCUUAUUUGCCAUAUGCGACUGCACAGCUGACUUCCACUGCGCUUACACUGUACAGCAUCUCGCACUGUUUCACAAGGAUGGGAGAAAACUGACUUC